AUGCCACGUCUCUCUUCUUCAAGCUAUCCAGAGAAUAUGGUUACGACCUUUCUCAAGGCUUUCCUCAGUCUAUACGAAGCUUCAUAUCUUGCUCUGGAGGGAGAAAACAUACUGGAUGAGGCCAGAGCGUUCACAAGCGUGUAUCUCAAGGGCCUUCAGAGAAAGAUAAAUAGUGGACUGAUGGAAGAAGUAAAUCAUGCACUGGAACUUCCUCGCCACUAUAGGAUGUUUAGGCCAGAAGCUCGGUGGUACCUCAACGCAAAUGAUAAAAGAAGAGACGCAAAUCGCGUGCUUCUGGAUUUGGCUAAGUUGGAUUUUAACAUGGUGCAAUCUAUUCUCCAAAGCGAGCUCCAAGACGUGGCAAGGGUUGGAAUGGUGGAAUGCUUCUUUUGGGCUGCGGGCAUGGUCUUUGAGCCCCAAUUGAAUGAAUGCCGCAAGGGGUUAGCAAAAGUCGUAGCUCUCCUAACAACCAUAGAUGAUGUGUAUGAUGUUUACGGAUCACUGGAGGAACUGCAACUAUUUACCCAUGCUGUCGAAAGAUGGGACUUAGAUGCUCUAGAAACCCUACGUGACUACAUGAAGCCGUGCUUCCUUACUUUGUACAACACUGUCAACGAAAUGGCUCAAGAAACUCACGAAGAGCAAAGCGUAAACACUAUGCCUCAUCAUCUCUCAAGGGCGGUAGCGACAGGAGUUGUUUUACUCACGCACGCUUACUUCUUGUUGUCCAAAGAUAUUACGAAAAAUUCACUAGAAAACUUAGAUUUGUUCCAUCCUCUCCUUCUAGAUUCGUCUUUGAUUUUUCGACUCUGCAACGAUCUAGAUACUUCCAAGGCUGAGUUGGAGGGGCGAAUCUGCAAAUUCAUUAUCGUGUUGCAUGAAGGAGAGCGGGUUUCAGAAGAAGUUGCGCGCAAGCACAUAAGAAGUCUAACUGAUGAAACAUGGAAGAAGAUGAAUAAGCACCGUUUGGCUAAUGAUUCUCCCUUUGGAAAACUGUUUACUGAGAUGGCAAUCAACCUGGCCCGUAAUGCAGAAUGCGCGUACCAAAAAGGAGAUGGGCAUCGAGAUCCGGAUACCCAUGCCAAGAACCGGAUCUCAUCUGUGGUAUUUCAGCCACUGGAGCUUACAGAAUAA